AAUCCAAGGGUGCCUUUCAUUCAAAUCUAGAAGCUAAAACCAACGGAUGCACACUAUUAUCUUCUCUUCAGAUUCAAAUUAGAAUUUCAGCCAUGUCUUCCCCUGAUUCUGGUUUGGGUGGUUCAGGUUCGGGGCAACAUGUUCUUGGUAAAAAAUUAAACGUUCAAGAAAUAAUCGAGAAGAUACAAGACCUGAAUAAUCGUCUUUCUAAAGCCAGAGACCAGACCAAAAGUCUCCCUGAUGCCAAAAAUUUCGAUGGCAAUCUCAGUAACAACAGCUAUGAUAAUGUAGGUGGAAAUGCCAGCAUCGUGGCAAUAGAUGGCAUUCAACUGGCAGAGGAGAAUGUUGCUACUGAUCCUACCAGCAAGGAAAAGGAGGAGAAAAAGGAUGAUCACAAGGAUGAGAACAGCAAAAAGGGACCGUUUGAUCAUCAGAAGGUGAAGGGUGAAUUGGAAAAGUUAUGCAAAGAGCUUGAGUUCAUGAAACUUGCAUUCCAGAAACUCAAGAAAUUUGAAGAUGAUUUGACGAAACCAUUCAAAACUCUGGAAAAGAAUGUUGAUGACAUUGAAAAAGAUCUACCAUCAGCCCCAAAUAGAUACUCUUCAGCAAAGCAGGUUCAGAGCAAUCUUCGUGUGCUGAGGAACAACAUCACAAAAAUCAAGAUCCAGAUUCCAUUGCAGCACCAUGCCACUCAGACAAAUUCAGAAUCUCGUGGUUAUAAGGAGACAGUGGCCAGCAAAGAGCACGAUGACCUGCCUAACCUAAGUCAUGAAAAGGUAGAACUUAAGCAGAGUGCCUACUGUGUAGAACUUUUUAAAAAAUACGAGACACUUAAAGAUGACAGGCUCAAGUUAUGCUUGCUAUCAUUUGCAAUUUUCCCAGAAAAUGCCAAGGUUAAGAAGAGGCUUCUAAGAUAUUGGUGGGUUGGAGAAAAUAUAAUACUACCAGAAGAGGAGGAAAAGAAAUUUACAAAUGAAACUUUAGAGAAAUUAGUGAAGAUGGAGUUCAUUGAGCCUGUUAACAAGAAAUAUGGAUUAAGCCCAAGAAGCUAUAGGAUGUACCCAAUCAUUCGUUCUGCCUUGAUUACUAAGGCCAGAAAGGAACAGUUCUUUGAUUAUGAUCAUCAUGGGAACCCUACAAUGAAUUUUUCAGAGUGUUACAAGGCAUGCUUGGUAAAGGCUGAAGAAGAAUCUCCUAGAUCAAUAUCAAAGCAUUUUAGCAGGCACGAGGAGGAGCUGGGGAAAUUGGAAACAUUGUUCAAUGUCAGUGAGCAGUUUCCUGAUUUUAAAGGGGAGUGGUUCUCCAAGAUGAAAAGCAUUAGAGUUCUUUAUCUGGGAAGAUGGGAGAGUUCAACUGAUCGGCACAUUGAAGUGGAAAGCCCCAUCUGCUUUGAAGGGUUGAGUAAGAUGAAGAAUUUGAGGUUUCUUAGUCUCCAAGGAAUCUCAGGAAUCAAAAGUCUGCCCAAUUCUCUUUGCCAGGCGGCUAAAUUGAGGAUCUUAGAUCUCAGGGCAUGUCACAAUUUGGAGGAACUUCCGGACAGCAUAGGAUCAUUGAAGAAGCUGACUCAUUUGGAUAUAUCUGAGUGCUAUUUGUUAGAUCAAAUGCCCAAAGAACUGUCCUCUCUUUUGGAACUCAAAAUCUUCAAGGGGUUUGUGAUUAGUGAUCACAAAAAGACCUGUUCUCUUGAGGAGUUGAAAGCACUGCAGAAGCUGGAGAAACUGAGCAUCAACAUAAUAGAUAGAGAGUACAAGGCAGAACGUCUGGGCAGUGCUAUUUCUAAAUUUAGUAAUCUUGAGAAGCUAAAAGUAGCAUGGGGAGGGGCAACAUUAACACCAGCUGGAGCUGAAGAAAAAUCUGAGGAAACAAACAGUGGAACGGAAAGCCAGGGCCAAGGAGGACAACACAAAAGACAGGUGGAGAAGGGAGCUGCCACAGCAAAACCAUGCUCGGUGGCCAAGAAACUGUGGGGAAAAUUGAAAAACAGAAACAAAGAAAGAUAUGCAGCUCAAUCCACAGUCAGCAGUCAGGAGAAGACAGAGUCAAGUGAUAAUCUUUCACUUUUGAGAAGAUUUGGGCAUGUAGCAUUUUUCACAAGUAAGCUCAGAGAAGCAGCAAGUCUAAAUCAAGAAAUGACUCCAGAAGAGCUUGUCUGGAGUGUAACAAAACUGGAACUCCAAUGUUAUCCAGAGACAACGCCACCCAAUUGGUUAGUGCCUGGAGUUCUGCCUAAGCUAAAAAACCUCUAUAUUAAAGGUGGAAGACUCCAUAACCUUCCAGAGAUGAAGACUAGGACCAAGUGGAAGGCAAAGAUCUUAUGUUUGAAGUACUUGAGUGAUUUAAAAACUGACUGGAAAGAACUGCGGGAAAUGUUUCCAGAUUUGGAGUAUUUGGAGAGAGUCAGAUGCCCUAAAGUCAUGUUCUGCCCUUGCGAUGGGGAUGGAUGGUGCCAUUUGACUACACUCCUGAAAGAUGGAGUUGAAAGCUAAUCUGUUGGUUGUUCUUGUCAUCAGAAUUAUGUUUCUCUGGAUUUCUGUGCUUUUAUUAUUCAUGUUUGCAUUUGAGUUGAUUGUAAUGUUGAACCUUUAAUGUGUGAUUGAUGGUUUUGAUAUUUCCUUUGCUCAAUAUUUUUUAAUAUGCGAGUUCUUCUCAUAAUGUUGUUGGCUCUCACCCUCUAAUAAUUUCGCCUUUUUGAG